AUGGACGAAACACAAUACACAGACAAUGCUUUGCGUAUAAUCACCAAUGCCCAGCAAUUGGCAAAGGAUAACUCAAACACGCAGUUGGUUCCGCUCCACUUUUUAGCAGCUAUGGUUCCAACUGAUGACGAAAAUUCAACACCAUAUUUAAAGACUUUAAUCCAAAAGAGUCGUAAUGAGUGGGCACCAUUUGAAAGGAUUGUUAACAAGCAUCUUGUGAAAUUACCCUCUCAGACCCCUGCUCCUGAUACACCCCAACCUUCGUAUGCCACAGGACAACUCUUGACCAACGCUACGAAGAUCAAGGCUCAACAAAAGGAUAACUAUGUGGCACAAGAUCACUUACUUUUAGCAUUGCUUAAGGAUAGUUCGAUCCAAGCGAUGUUUAAGGAAGCUGGUAUCAGCACUGAUGUCAUCAAGACUCAGGCAAUUGAGCUUAGAGGUGACCAAAGAAUAGACUCCAGGCAAGCUGAUCUGUCGGCUCUGUAUGAAUUCUUGGGAAAAUACUGUGAAGAUUUGACCGAAAAGGCUAGAGAAGGUAAAAUUGACCCUGUUAUAGGAAGAGAGGAAGAGAUCAGAAGAGUCAUUAGAGUUUUGGCUAGAAGAACUAAGUCCAACUCUGUUUUGAUAGGGGAAGCUGGUGUUGGUAAAACUUCGAUCGUUGAGGGAGUCGCUCAGAGAAUCAUUGAUGGCGAUGUUCCUACUGUUUUACAAAACUCCAGAUUGUUUGCAUUGGACUUAGGUGCAUUAACCGCUGGUGCCAAAUAUAAAGGGGAAUUCGAAGAAAGAAUCAAGGGAGUCUUGAACGAAAUUGAGAAAUCAAAGGAAAUGAUAAUUUUAUUCAUCGAUGAGAUACAUAUGUUGAUGGGUGAUGGUAAGUCAGAUGCUGCCAACUUAUUAAAGCCUAUGCUUGCAAGAGGUUCUUUGCAUUGUAUUGGUGCUACUACUUUUUCUGAGUAUAGGAAGUUUAUUUCUAAGGAUGGUGCCUUUGAAAGAAGAUUCCAAAAGAUUGACGUUCCUGCUCUGACAGUGCCUGAAACUGUUGCAAUUUUAAGAGGAUUGCAACCACGUUAUGAAAUCCAUCAUGGGGUCCGUAUUUUGGAUAGUGCUCUUGUGGCUGCUGCACAUUUGGCUUCAAGAUAUUUGACUUACAGAUCUUUACCGGAUUCAGCAGUCGACCUUAUCGAUGAAACAGCUGCCGCAGUCGCAGUGGCUAGAGACUCCAAACCCGAAGAAUUGGAUAACUUAGAGAGAGAAUAUCAUUUAUUGGAGGUGGAAAUCAAUGCAUUGGAAAGAGAUAAGGAUGCUGAUGCAGACUCCAAAGAUAGAUUAGAAUUAGCAAGAAAGAAGAAGGAAAAUUUGGAAGAGAAGAUGGGACCCUUAAAAGAACAAUUCAACCAAGAACGUGCGGGUCAUGAUCAAUUAAUUGCUGCAAAGAGGAAGUUAGAUGAGCUUGAAGUUAAAGCCCAAAAUGCCGAAAGAAGUCAUGAUACGGGUGCUGCUGCUGAUCUCAGAUAUUUUGCAAUUCCUGCAGUUAAAGAGCAAAUUGAACAGUUAGAGAUCAAAGUUGCUGAAGAAGAGGAGUCUAAUAAUGAAUCUUUGUUGAAGAAUGUUGUUGGACAAGAGCAAGUUGCAGAAACAGCUGCCAGAUUAACUGGUAUUCCUGUAACUAAAUUGACCCAAGCCGAAAAUGCCAAGUUGAUUAAUAUGGAAAAAGAAUUAGCUUCUGAAGUGGUAGGUCAAAGUGAAGCCGUUAGAGCCGUUUCCAAUGCAGUUAGAUUGAAUCGUUCAGGUUUAGCUAAUCCAAACCAACCAGCUUCAUUUUUGUUUUUGGGUUUAUCUGGUUCAGGUAAAACUGAAUUAGCCAAGAAGGUUGCUGGUUUCCUUUUUGCAGAUGAAAGAGCUAUGAUUAGAAUAGAUUGCUCCGAAUUGGGUGACAAGUGGUCUGCUUCAAAGUUGUUAGGUGCUGCACCAGGUUACGUUGGUUAUGAAGAAGGUGGUAUUUUGACUGAAGCUUUACUAAGACGCCCAUACUCUGUCAUAUUAUUUGACGAAGUUGAAAAAGCUGCUCCUGAAGUUUUGACUAUUUUGUUACAAAUUCUUGACGAUGGAAGAGUUACAUCAUCACAAGGUAAAUUGGUCAACUGUUCUAAUGCAAUUAUCAUUAUGACUUCCAAUUUAGGUGCGGAAUAUAUCAAUGCGUCUAAGGGAGCUAAGGUUGAUGAACAAACAAAGGAACUUGUGAUGACAUCAGUUAGAGCACACUUCAGACCUGAAUUCUUGAAUCGUAUUUCUUCAACUGUUGUUUUCAACAGAUUAUCGAAGAAAGCGAUUUCCAAGAUUGUUAGAAUCAGAUUAGUGGAGAUCCAGAAAAGAUUUGAAGCUAAUGGCAAAUCGAUCAAAUUAGACCUUGACGAUCAAGCAAUUGAUUACUUGUGUAAAUAUGGAUACUCGCCUAAUCUUGGUGCUAGACCUUUGAAUCGUCUCAUCCAAACUGAGUUGCUUAACAAGUUGGCUGUCAUGUUAUUAAAGGGUGAAAUCAGGGAUAAGGAAGAGGCCAGAGUUACUCUUGGCAAGAAGGGUCUCGAAGUACUUGCUAACCAUGAUGCUGAUGAUGUUGACAUGGCUGAUGUUGAUGUGGAAGAUUGGAGAGACAGUGAUGAUGAUGAUGAAGUUGCAGGGGAAGAUUUGGAUUGA